AUGUUUUCUUUUUCCUCGUCCUCCUCACCCCUCUCUCUCUUUCCCCCCCUCUCUCUCUCUCUCUCUCUCUGCAAUAUUCUUUUACACCUUUCUUGCCUGUUUUUAAAUCUCUUCAUCGCCCAUCAAUUUCUACUCUCUAUCAAAUUUUCCUCUCCAAAGCUAUCUCCCCCCGCUAUUAUAAUAUGUUCUUUCUUCUCUCUCUCUCUCUCUCUCUCUUCCGUACCUUCUUUCUUUCAUUCUCUCAUAUUCUUUUCCCCUCGUUGUAAACAAUUCCUUUCUCUCGUUUCUAUACUCUACUUUUUAUCAUGCUCUCUUUCUUCCUUUAGUAAUAUUCUUCUUUCUCUCUUUCUUAGAAAAAUCCCUUUCCCCGCUUUUCCAUCCUUUUUCUUCCUCUUCCAUACUAUCUUUCUUCCUUAUGCUCUCCCUUAUUGUAAUGCUUUCUCCCUCUUUCACCUCUCCUUCUUUCCCUCUUUCCCUUUUUCCAAUUCUCGCAUUCCUUUCUCCUUCUCAUCUAUAUCUUUCUUUCUUUCUUCCCCGUUCUCACACUCUCUUUCCUUCGUUGUAUUACUUUCCUUUGUCUCUCUUGCAUACUCUCUUUUUUCUCUCAUUUUCUCUUCAUAA